AUGUCCUGCAAGCUUAUGCUGCAGAGCCUGGUGGUUCUGGUUCUCAAGGUCCCAGAUGAUCGAGGAGAGUCUUGUGUGAGCCUGGUCGAGGGAAGUGCCUGGUGUGAAAAGUGCCAGUCUUUGGCUCGAGAGUCUUCAGCGAGGAGGCUGAGGGAGGAGACUACGCCAGGCACAAUUGGAGAGGGUGAAGACAUGACCGCUAAGCUGAUUCAGUGUGCUAUGUGCAUGAUGUGGGAGGUCAGGGACACUGUUGGUGCCCCCGGCUGCUACAGCUGUGGAAAGUGUGUCCAGAUUCAGCUUCUGAAGGAGCAUGUUGCAGCACUGAAGAAAGAACUGGAUAACCUCAGGUUUAUCUGCGAAAACGAGAGUUUUCUGGACAGGACCUACAGAGAAGUCGUUACACUGAGGAUACCAGAAGAGAGAAAGGGGGCGACGAUGAGGAAGGAAAGGAUGCUUGAAGUACAGGAGACCCCAGGGGAUUUACCUCUCAUAAACAGGUUCAUCCUCUUGGAAGCUGUCAGGACAGAAGAUACUGCCAGUCUGAGAGGCGGACAGGUCUGCGAGCUGAAAAUUGGUGCAGAAGCAGAGCCGAGGAGUCAGACAUCAGGAAGAGUCAUGGUAGUAGGGGACUCCAUAGUAAGAGGGAAAAUCUGAUCUUUGAAGAAAGAAGAUAUCUCAGAUGUUCUGGAAUGGAAAGCUGCAUCCAGAGAACAGGUGCUGCAGAAACAGAAGAACUGCGAAAAUCAUUUUUUAUCAGUGUGGUCUCCUGUAUAUCAGUGAGACCUGACAUAGAUUAGGAUACGGCUUUGCUGAGUACCCACACUCCAUCAGCCAGAUAAACUGGGAUCCCCCGGUGGCCACCCAUUUUAAUUCGACUUCCCAUUCCCGUUCCGACAUGUCAGUCCACGGCCUCCUCUACUGCCACGAAGAGGACACACUCAGGUUGGAAGAGCAACACCUUAUAUUCUAUCUGGGGAGCUUCCAACCUGAUGGCGUGAACAUCAAUUUCUCAAACUCCUGGUAAUGCCCCUCCUUCUCCUUCACCAUUCUCCAUUCCCAUUACCCUCUCUCAUCUUAUCUCUUUACCUGCCCAUCACCUCCCGCUGGUGCUUCUCACCCACCCACCCCUUGUCUUUCUUCCAUGGUCUUCUGUCCUCCUUUCAGAUUUCCCCUUCUCCAGCCCUUUAUCUCUUUCACCAAUUGACUUCUCAACUCUUUACUUCACCCCUCCCACCCCCCCCACCCCCGGUUUCACCUAUCACCUACUACCUUGUAUUUCUUCCCCCCCUUCCCCCACCUUCUUACUCUGACUUCUCAUCUUUUUUUCUCCAGUUCUGAUGAAGUGUCGUGGCUCAAACCAUUGACUCUUUACUCUUUUCCAUAGAUGCUCCCUGACCUGUUGAGUUCCUCCAGCAGUUUGUGUGUGUUGCUUGGAUUUUCAGCAUCUGCAGAUUUUCUCUUGUUUAUCAUUUUUACUAGUUAUAAUCUACCUAAUAAUGAUCUUACUCUUCAUUGUUUACCAGUACUGUACUCUCUCUGUAGCUGUUACAGUCUAUUCUGCAUUGUUAUUUUAUUUACCUUGUACGGUGUAAUUAAAAUGAUGCAUAUAAACAGUAUGCAAGACAAGAUUUUCACUGUAUCUCAGUACAUGUGACAAUAAUAAAAUCAAUUCCAAUGUUGAUUUUCCUCUUUAA